AUGGUGAAUGAUAAACUAAAAGAUACCAUCCGUCCUGGUGCAAAAAUAACUGUAGAUGAAUCCAUGUUCGCUUGGUAUGGAAGAGGUGCGUACUUCAAAGACGGGAUGCCAGCAGUUAUGAAAAUUAAAAGAAAAUCAAAAGGAGUGAAUUGUGAAGUAAAAACAGCGUGUGAUAGUAAUACAAACAUUAUGAUGAGAUUGGAAAUUAAUGAGGAGCCGUGGCGUGGUUCUGGAAGAGUUAUAGUUGGAGACUCAUGGUUUGCUUCGGUCAAAACAGCUGUGGAGUUAUUCAAAGUUGGAUUAUGUUUCAUUGUACAGGUAAAGACAGCACACAGUUUCUAUCCCGUGUCGGAUAUGGCUGCAAAGUGUCCGACGCACAAGCGGGCAUUUGUUGUAAGUACAGCUGAAAAAGACUCAGUGCAGCUUAUUGCCUGUGCCUGGAAAGACAAAAAAACUCAUACAUUUGUUGCCAGUUGUGAAACGACACUGCCAGGCCUGCCAUCACGCAAAAGAAGGUUGAACGAUGAAGGAAAUUUAUUUUUCAGAGAAGUCGCUAGGCCUAAAUUAGUCCAGCAGUAUUUUGAUGGUGCUGCAUCUAUCGAUAUUCACAACAACAUCAGGCAGGACGGAUUGGCGUUAGAGAAAGCUUGGGGCACACAUAAAUGGGAACAUAGAAUUUAUGCCUCAGUUCUGGGCAUUAUAGAAACAAACGCGUAUUUGAUUUUUAAUAAUUUCUUCCGCGCCGAACAUGACCAGGUGUCUCACAGAUGGUUUACUACCAACCUGGUAUUAGCUCUGACUAAAAAUGAUGCUAAUAACCUACAAGAAAAUGAGCCGCCACCACAUGAGAACAUCCCUUAUAGCAGAGAACACAUUCUUGAAGCCUUGUCAUAA